AUGAGAAGCUUAAUUCAAUCAUGGAGUAUUCGCAUGCCUUCUCUUCUACAAAAUGGGAAAAUCUUCUCACAACUCAUCGAGACACAGUUGAAAUGCUCACAUCUUCCAAUGCCAAAGUCAUUGAAUAAUCAAAUUAAAGUUACUCAAGCUUUCGAAAACAGAAUCUCAGAAGCUACUAAAAAGGUUCUGCACUUACAAACAGAAGUCAAGGAAUUCAAGGUUGACUUCAGGACCUCUUCUGACAAAACUAUUACAGACAUGAACAAAGUCAUCGAAGGCUUCCGAUCUUAUUUGAAAGCCGAAAAAGAAGAUCUUAAAACUCUCCAUGCAGAUAUUAAGCGUGAUAAUGUUGAUCUCAAUACAGCCAUCACUCACCAGCUCACCAAGUUAUAA